AAGCAUGAUGGACCAAUAGCUAGAAUAUGUUCCAAAUUUGUGUAUAAAUAGAUGAUAUCCUCCUCAACCAAACAACAUCACUGCAAACUUACUACAUUCUACAUAAGUAAUUUCCGAGUUCAUCGCUAAGCAACAAAAUGGCUCAACAAGUCGCUCAGAAGCAUAUGGUUGAACAAUACGGGCCUUAUGGUUCUCAAUGUCCCGAAAACUACAGCUUUAAACUUCAAGAAGGUGAAACUAUCAAGGAAGUCAUCGUAAGGCAUGGCUACAUUGUUGAUGCUAUUGGCUUUGUCGUCGCUAAGCCUUGUGGAGGUACCUACACCAAGAUGUUUGGUGGCAUCAGUUGUCAUGCCAAGGAGUCAAGGAUUGCUCUCAAGUGUGGUGAAAAGAUAACCCAGAUUUCUGGCACAUACGGAAACUACAAGUACCAGAACAAUCAAUGCACCAUUGCUACAUUGAAGAUCCACACCAACUUAUGUCCAUCUGGUUAUGGACCAUAUGGACAAGGAAAGGGAGUCGAUUGCCCACGUGCUUUUGCAUCGCCAUGCCCAAUUGACGGCCCUGUUGUUGGAGUAUUUGGAAGGCACAACAACUACCUUGAGUCUGUUGGGAUUUUCGUCCAGAAGAAGGAUUGCCCAUGCGCUUAAUUAUGAUAGCCUGCAGCUCUCAGCAAACAAUAUGCAAAUGUUACGUGAAUUUUCUUUGUUUUCAAUAAGCCACAUAUCUGCCAAGUAUAAAGUGGCCUCCCAAGAGUAAUAUCUUGGGUGUUUGUUGUAUCGUUCUUCAUUGAACUAGAGUAUAAUAUAUUUAUAUAUCUUGUCUA